AUGGCUGCUCCUGCCUGUGCCUCAGAGCACCCUGGUGCACACUGCCUCUUCUCCAGGGCUUAUCAACGCCUCUGGGACUCCUCCCAUGUGACCCUGCAAGAGCUGCUGGACCGAGAGCAGCCCCUGCUCGACCCCGUGCCUGACCGGGAGCGGCAGUCCUUCCAGUACAGGCUCUCAGUGCUCUACCUGUACUACCUGGGGCUGCUGCGCCGGUUCGAUACCCUCUACGACCAGAUGUUGCAGCCACAGAAGCGGCGGCUGCUGCGGCGCCUGCUGGACAGUGUGGCGGGCCGCGUGCUGGAGCUCAAGGAUGAUCUGGUGCGUGCCGACCUGUGUGAGAGCCACUGUCUGGACCGCGUGCUGCAGGACCUCAAACUCACACCGGCAGACCUGGAGGUUCCAAUCCCCAAAUACUUCCUGCUGGAGCAGUCCAGCAUUCUGAGGGAGCAAGGGCUGAUGCUGGCAGAGAUCCUGUCCAGAAUGGAGCCAGUGUCCUCCGAGGAAAGAUUUCCAGAAAUGCACCGGACUGAGGCCGUAACCCUACUGCAAAGGGCCGAGCGGGCCAGGCAAGGCCGGCUCCGAGCCACCUUUAUGCGAGAGAUUCGGAGAGAGGAAGAGCGGGAUCGGAAGAUUUGGGAGGAGGGACAGCACAAGUUCAGUCAGGACCAAGCAGCUAUCACUAUACAGAAGGUGUGGAAAGGUUACCUGCAGAGGAAGCGCACUCAGCAGGACCGGCAAACGGAGAUGGAGUUGAUUGGCAUGCUCCCCUCGCCCAACCAGGUGGAGCGCUUGGGCAUCAUGUCCCAGGCCUGCCUCUGGGAGGAUGUCCGGAGGCUCCGCCAGCUGGAGAAGGAGGAGGAGUUCCAGUUGGCGAUGGUGAAGGCCCACGAUUCUCUCAAAGAGACAGAGGGGCCUGACAUGCAGGAGAAAAUGAAGGAGCAAAUCCGACAGUGGUUUAUCGAGUGCCAUGCCCUUACUGGCCGAUUCCCUGAUUAUCCAGAUGAGUCUUUAGGUGGAUCCUACCUGAUCUUUGCAGACAAGACUCCAGAAGAGGUGAAAAUAGAACUGGAGGCACAGGUCCAGGAGAGCAAAAAAAAGGACCAAGAGAAAAAUAAAGAAAAAGAAAAGGAGAAAAAAGAGAAGAAGAAAGAGAAGGAAGACAAGACCAGGAAGGGGGAAGCAGAUACAAUGCUGAAAGUGUUGCCAUCCAAAUUUAUACCUGUGAUUAAUGCCGGACACGAGGAGUACAUAAAUCUGUGGAAGAACAGGUCUGACAGCGUACACCCCAAUCAGAGUUUUGACGCUGAGACCCUUCGGGCAGAGAAGAGGAAGGAAGUGGAGCAGGAGAUCCGGAUACAUGUGGAUGAGCUGAUGCGUCAAGAGCUGAAGAACCUGCGCCUGGCUGUGGACAGGGAGGAGGGGAGACCCUUGAAGGCUCCAAAGAAAAAGACUGGGAACAAAACUGGGAAGAAGAAGAAGGAAAAAGAUCUGACCUCAAACAGGUCCGUGGAAUCUCUGUUUGAAGAGCUCAUCAUCUCUGGCUUUCUGAAGAAGAGCGAGACAGUGGCAUUGAAAGACUAUGUUGGUGACUACCUCUAUCUUGGAUCCACUCUGAGUUUGGCCAACAAGUUGCCCGUGCCUUCCCUGUUUGACAUACGACAGAACGUGGCCUUGUACGGGGUCCUCCGGCUUGGCUCCCCAGAUAUACACUCCAUGGCUCCCCUCAUCCGUUCUAUCCUCCUGGUGGGCCCUUCCGGCAUGGGGAAGAAGAUGCUGGUCAAGGCUGUGUGUACAGAAACCGGUGCAAAUCUGUUUGACCUGUCACCUGGCAACCUGCAGGGCAAAUAUCCUGGCAAGACCGGGGUGCAGAUGAUAGUGCAUAUAGUCUUCAAGGUGGCUCGACUCCUACAGCCCUCUGUGAUCUGGAUUGGAAAUGCCGAGAAGAAUUUCUAUAAGAGGGUCCCAAAAGAAGAGCAGGAGAUGGACCCAAAGCGAAUAAAGAAGGACCUGGCCAAGGCCUUGCGACUGCUGAAUCCCGGAGACCGUGUGAUGCUGAUAGGGACCACCAACCGGCCGCAGCUGGCUGAGAUGAAAGGGCUGUGCAGGACCUACGAGCGAAUCCUCUUCAUGCCACAGCCCGAUUAUGCUUCUCGCUUUGUGCUCUGGAAGCAUAUGAUAGAGGCCCAGGGAGUCCAGGUGGCCCAAAGCCUGGACCUCAGUGCCCUGGCCAAGGUGUCUGAUGGUUACACGCCCGGUCACAUUCUCCAAGCCAUCCGAUCGGUGCUGACCGAGCGGCGGCUCCUGCAACUGUCCAAACGGCCCCUGGUGGCCUCAGAGUUCCUGGGGCAUCUGGCAAAGCUGGAGCCAGUAUACAGGGAGGAGGAGGAGGCCCUGAAGGAGUGGUACUUCAAGACCCCACUGGGCAAGAAGAGGAUGAAACUUAGCAAGGACCAGGACGCUGAAGAGGCCAAGCUGGCAAAGGAGAAGAAGAAAAGGAAGUGA